CUUUCCAAUUUCAAACGCUCCUGCUUUUUACUUGUUUGCAAAUUUCCAGGAAGAAGAAACAAAGGCUUCUUUUUUCACUUGAAAGAGCUCAAAUUUGUGCAACCCUAAUGGAAUCUGAAGCCUCCAAUCGACCCCUUAGGCGGAGCAAACGUAUAAAACGAGCUCAAAUUCCAUCAAAUUCAAGCUCAAAAAUCCCUAUUCUGCCCGAAGAAAUCAUCACUGAAAGCUUCCAGUGAAAUCACUCUUGAAAUUCAGGUCUGUUUCAAAAUCUUGGCUUGCUUUAAUUUCUAGCCCUCAAUUUAUCAACACCCAUCUCAGUUUAUCAAAGAACAAGGAAGACACCCACCAUAUGCUUAUUUCGGGUUUUAGUGGAGCUAAAAGGAUUUUUAAAGAAUGUUCUAUUAGCUCUUUAUUUUAUGACUCUGUUACCCAGGUUCUCGACUUGGAUUUUCCCAUUGAAAACAGAAUCGAUUUCACGGUUUCUUGCAAUGGAUUGAUUUUUCUUGCUGAUUAUAAAAAAUAUUCUCUUCUAUGGAACCCAACAACUAGAAAGCACAAGAAUUUACCUGAUUUUAAACCUAGAUUCAAGAAAAACUACUAUGACUACCAUGUCAUAUAUGGUUUUGGAUAUGAUGAGUUCCAUGAUGAUUAUAAGGUGGUGGGUAUUUCAUAUGGUUCGGAUGGCGUGGAGGUCAAAGUAUAUAGUCUAAAGAGUGAUUCUUGGACUAGUGUUGAUUACUGUUGGGAGAUGUUAAAUGCUCCAGGCUCUUCUCAAAAAAUGAAAUUAUAUGGUACAGGUUUGUUUGCGAAUGGGAAGCUUCAUUGGGAUACUAUUACUAGUCGUCCAAUUACGCGUUGGGGCAGGAACAUUAUUUCUUUUGAUUUAGCUAAUGAGAAAUGGGAAAAGAUGGAGAAGCCUUCCUAUGGAGUAGGAGAGAGUGAUUUGUGUGUGGGAAAGUUGGGAAGUGAUCUUUGUGUCUAUAGUGAUUAUAAGACAACUCAUUUAGGUGCUUGGGUUAUGAAGGACUACGGGGUUAAAGAAUCUUGGACAAAGAUGUUUACCAUCAGGAGAUGUUAUUAACUUAGAUGGCUGUCGUGGUGAGGAAAUCUACAUUGAAAGCCUAGUUUGUCCUUUUUCUACUGAAGGGACAGAGAACGCAACAAAAGAAAGGCUGAAAAAGCUCAGAUCAAAACAAUCAAGUAACAAAUAACUUGUGAGAGUACUUUCUUCUCAAUCUCGAUUGCAAUCUGUUUGUUAUUUCAAAUAUAGAACAAGACGUGUAUGUGAAGGAUAUCUUUAAACCAUAAUGCUUCUGGACUACUUUUGGUUCUCGUUGCUGCUAAUCGCUAGAUGUAUAGUUUCUUCAGGACUACCUUCAUAUUCUCUUACUUGAGGUAUAGGAACUAGUUUUUUAUAUUAUGAUGUGCUUGGUAUGAGGACAACUAGUGACUUUUCUCAACUUUGGUUCGGUUGAUAUUUUUAAUAGACAGCAUAU